AGGUGAGGUAGGUUGUGGACUUCCAACAUGCUGGGGAGAGCCAUGGUGCUGCUGGGCUCUGCGUGGGCGCUGUAUCGCCCGGGCACAGCGGAGCCUGAGAUCUUGGACCUGGGCUUGACAGAGGCGGAGGUCGAGGACAUUCUGGCGAACUGCCCGGAAGAUGCGCCAGAGUGGUACUUCAUCCCAAUGCUUCAGGAGAGUGACACGGAUGUCUCUAGAUAUCCUCUGGAGGUUCGACGACAGCUGAGCAAGCUGGGCUCCUAUAUUUUUGGGCCCAGCACCAUCUACAGCGAGAAAUGCCCACUGUAUGUCCAUGAGGAGAACGCAACACAGCGGCAUCACGAAAACAUGAAGGACCUCAUGGAGAUGCGCUUCGGUUGGCUGCUGCAGCGCGUCGAGGCGCAGCUCGCCCGGGCCGUGGCGCCCGAACCCAUCGAGUGGAUGUCGUAUCCCUACCUGAAGAUGCACCGGGGGGACUGCCUGGAUGAUCUGCCACAGCAGUUCCGGAAGCUCGCACUGCAGGUGGCACCGCCUCACCGAGAUAUGCAGUACACCAUCUACUUAGAGAACAAGCAGCAGGAUGCGCAGACGCUGACCUUUACCCUGCCCAUCAAGGUGCCCAGCGGAGGAGCGGGGCUGCGGAUGUUCGAGGCGUGGAUGGACAAGAAGAUUCAGCGCCUGGUGGGGCAGAAGGGCAACGUGCUUCCGGUGGGCAAGAACUCGAACGCGUACGUCAGCCAGCUGCCGUUUCAGGAUGUGGAGUAUCUUCCCGGUCGCAUGCUGCUCUUCUCUGGGGAUCAGAUGCACGCGGUGAGCCCGUACAAGAAUCCCGUGUCCUCCGACCGGCGCAUCGUGCUGCAGGGCCACGGUAUCCUUCUGAAUGGCACCUGGAAGCUCUUUGGUUAA